UAAUCUUCACUCUGAAGUUUGCCGUUCAAACUUCAAUUUAUUUAAUCGGAGUUGGGGUCAUCUUCACGCCCUGAAGUUUGUCAUUUGAGUUCGCGCAGGCGCGAAAUGUGCUGAGGUCGCUGAGGGGGUGUGAUUGUGUUGUGUGAUAAGUGUGAUAAGGAGCACGAGCGUCGAGCGAUGCCGGCAAAUGGCGGUUGUUAUCAGUUGUUAUAGCGACCACAGUAAUGUCGAAGAAUUGAAUUUGCAUGCAAAUUGCACAUUACAGGCUUUUCGAAUCAACCUAGCAGGUCUGGCACGUGCAAUUUAUAUGAAAAUAAAAAGUGAAAUAUGUAUAUAUUCAUGUUCGCAGCAUUAAACAUGUAUAUAUGUAUAUAUUCAUAAUCACGUAGCUUAUUUUCUAAUUGGAUUGAUGAUUGUGCAUCAGACAGAUUGAUAUAAUAGUAAAUUGAAUGUAGAACAUAUAAGGAUCUGUGACAAGUAUUGACAGUAUCGUAUAUGUAUAUAUGUGUGUGUCACAUUGAUCUCCAAAGCCAAAUAUGAGUAUUCUUCAUGUCAGCGAGGAAGGCUGGAUCAUAUCUCACUUGCAGUAUCUCAAUGAGAUAUACAAGAAAGUCCAAAACGAAAAUGGAUUUUGCGCUUUAGGCUUUAACAAAAUGAUAUUCGAGAUCAAUUCUCAAUACUUGAGGCAAAAUCAGAUAGCUCAGACUGUCCAGGAGUCCCAGGACAGUACCACGAUGCUUAACAAUAGAAAAAAGAGGAAGCGUUCGCAGCGAUUGCCGCAGAAAGACUUGGAGGAAGUUGAUCGCGUUAAACAAGCAUUCGGCGCAAUGAUGUCUGCUGCGAGAGACAAAGAUCUCUUUUGCCGGAAUAACUCCUUCGAUAACAAUGAGGUAGCACGUUUGGCAUCCAUGAAAUUCUAUCAAGAUACUUAUUCCGUCAAAGAUGAGAACCUGUAUGGAUCCAACGAUACUAAUGAUGCUAUAAUAUCCAAGGCUCACGAUAAGAAAUAUGUGUUUCCAAGAAAAUGCACAUUUUAUUGCUACGACGUAAGAGAUAUGGAAAAGAAGAUAGAACUGGGCAACCAGUAUGACUUCAUACUGCUGGAUCCACCUUGGUGGAACAAGUCAAUCAGAAGGAAGAAAAUGAAGUGCGCAGAGGCCAGUUACAAAAUGAUGUACAAUGAGGAAUUAGUCAAGAUACCAAUAAGAAAACUGUUACAUUCAAAUGGUAUUGUAGCCGUAUGGUGUACCAAUUCGUCCAAUCAUUUGAAUAGUAUCUUCAACGAAAUAUUUCCAUCUUGGGGUAUUACUUAUAGAGCUAAGUGGUAUUGGCUCAAGGUGACACAAGCAGGUGAUACAAUAUGUAAUUUUAACUCAGCGCCUGGCAAGCAACCUUAUGAAUUACUGAUACUAGGAUCUGCAUUGGAAAACGACAAAGUGAAUAUCCCUGAUGGCAGACUGAUGAUCAGCAUACCUAGUGCGGUACAUUCUCACAAACCACCUCUCACAGAAAUUAUAAAGGAAUAUCUCCCGGACGACCCAAAGUGUCUAGAAAUUUUUGCAAGGUACUUGUUGCCUGGAUGGACGAGUUGGGGUCUAGAAAUCUUAAAGUUUCAACAUUUAUCGCUCUAUGAAAUUCUGGAUGAAUGUAAGAAAGAUGAAAGUGACGCCGACGACAUAAAAAGCGAGAAUGAGAGUAAAGAGCAACCGUAAAAAUGUGUUCAGUAGUUCCGUUCUUUAUUGAAGUUCGGUAUCCGUAUGGAUUCAUCGUUUGCCACCUCCAGAAGUCCUGACCUGUAUUCGACGUCUCACCGUUAGACACGAUUGUUUGAGAUUGUUCAGAUCCCGCGUUUAAGGGUUACGUU